UUUAUCUGUUUGUAAAUGUGUUGGUAGAUCCGUGACGUCAUCACGGUGCGCCCUGGUUUCGGAGAGGAGGUGGCGGAUGCCCCUUCGAAACAAACAACGCCAAACUGUCUGUUACUUGUUAUUUGGCUUUCCUCUAAAACUGCUAAGAAUCAGCAGUUAGGAUGCCAAAAAAGUUCCAAGGAGAGAACUCCAAGGCGGUCACCGCCAGAGCCCGCAAGGCCGAGGCCAAGGCGGUCGCAGACGCCCGCAAGAAGCAGGAGGAAGAGGAUGCCUUCUGGCAGGAAACCGACAAACAUGUACUCAAAAAAGAGCAGAGAAAGGAUGACAAAGAAAAGAAAAGGUUGGAACUCCUUGAGAGGAAAAAGGAAAACCAACGACUGCUGGAUGAGGAGAGUGCCAGGAUAAAAGGCAAAAGAGAGAGGGAGGCGGCGGCUGCAUCUGCAGCUGGAAAAGUAACUCGUGCUCAGAUUGAAGAGAUGCUCGAGAAUGAGCAGCAGCAGCCGAUGAAGCCGAAAGAACAAAACCACUUGGAGACUCCACUGGAAGAGAAUGUUAACAGAAUAAUCCCUGAAGAAGGAACGAUGGAGGCUCGGACAAUAGAGGAUGCCAUUGCUGUUCUCAGCACUGGACCCGAUGAUCUGGACCGCCACCCAGAGCGGAGGAUGAAGGCAGCAUUUGCUGCCUAUGAGGAAGUAAACAUGCCCCGUAUAAAAAUGGAGAACCCCAACAUGAGGUUGUCGCAGCUGAAGCAACAUCUGAAGAAGGAAUGGGUUAAAGCACCAGAAAACCCACUGAACCAACGCUUUGCCACCUACAACACAAAGUGAACUCAGUGUUUGCUCAAUUGAUCUCUUUGAAAACUCUGCCUAUGCACAUUUGAGACUUCCAUUGGAAAAUGUUAUUAUUUCAUUGAUAAAUUAAUGUUGCUGAUGAGUUUCACACCCAUAAACAAUCUCUCUUGUGCCAGAGGACUUGAAGUCAUUGUUCUGCUCACAGGCAAGGAGAAACACAUUCUCUUUAAUUAAAUAAAAACUCAACAUCAUGUUUGGGUAAAUGAGCCGAAAGGAGGCAUCUUGACAUAAUGAAUUUGACUUUUUUUUUUUUUUUUAAUGCACUUCUGAGGAUGUGGGAAGUCAGAUGUUUUGAAAGUAACUUAUUAAAGUUCACGGCUGAAUCCUUGAUAUCUCAUGGUGCUUUUAACCUGUGCAACUCAUGCUUAUAAAGAAGUGCAGACAUGCUGACUGGUGGCGAAAGAA